AUGCUACUUCGAAGUCCUUCUCAAUCCGACGAAGACACUUAUGUCUCGACUUCACCGCUUAUGCUCAAUGAAAUUUAUCAAAACGAUGUUCACGUUGAAAUGAUUGAUAAUGAAAGCAGCACAUCAAACCUCCUUUGUGAAAGUACUGAAGCUAAACUGAUGGCAUUAACCGAUACGAACGAUGAACAAAGCAAACUACUGGUGAAAUUGGUCGUUGCUGCAUUGCAGUAUUCCUCACCGCAAUUUUCUGGUCAGUGGGAAGCACAAUUUAAUGUAUUGAAAGAUAUGCGUCGCCUGAUGAAAGAGAUUCAGAAGGACAAGGCUAUGUACAAGAAAAUGGCUGCAGAUUUUAUGAAAAUUGUAGAAACAUUUCAAACAACAAUGUUGAAUUUUCAACAACAAGCCAUUGAACUUCACAAUCAACUUGAAGAAGUUAACAUACAAUUCAAUAUGUUUGUUGAAAUAUUUCUCAAUGUUGAAGAACGACCAUUGAGUGAUGUCAACACAGAAAGUAAUAUGAAUCUAUGCAACGAGAUUCUACAGAACCUUAGUGACACAAAAGCUCUAAGUACAAACACUUCACCUGAAUUGACUGCCGUGUACAGUGAGAUUAGUGAUUUUAUAACAGAACGUGUUGAACCAGCAAAAAACAAAGCUAUCGAACAACAGCAAAGAACACGAAAUAUAAUAGGUACUGCAGUGGCUGGUGGAACAGGUGCUGGAUUAGGUGCAUUAGUUACCGGCGGUCUUGUGGCUGCACCAAUAUUGGGAGGUGUCGGUAUUUUUACUUUGGGUACUAUAGCAUUUCCACCGGCAGCAAUUAUCGUUGGUGGCGUCGCCAUCGGUUUAGUUGGUAUCGGAGCCAUCGGAUACGGUAUUUCGAAACUCUUGCAAAAGUAUCGAAAGCACCGAACCACAGCUACAAUGUAUCUCGAAAGACUUUUGGAAUUAUGUCAAGCAAUGCAGACUGCGGUCUGGAAUAUGAAGCAGCAGUCUAACGAGCUAGCCAUAAAUGCUGAUAAUUUCAGUCAUCAAGUGAAAUGUUUUCGAUAUGGGAUGCACGGUGAUGAAUCACGACGUGCUUAUCAACAAGUAUGUCGCAGGGCCAAACAGACAAACGAAGAUUUGAUGAAAAUUUUGAAAUCAAUUAUUGAUUUCAAGCUAGAACCGAUAGUAGAAAUACAAAAAUCCCUUUCGAAUGUAACCCGACAGGCAAUUUGUGAAUAA